GUGAAUUGAUUUCCUUGCGUUUUCUUGCCGCCAUGCUGAUGCGAAGCCCGACUCGUAUCGAGUUCCGCGUGGAGGAUGCACAGGACUACAUCCGUGGGAAGGAGAGGCAGAAGCAACGUGGACAAACCUGCACGCUGCCGCCAGUGCCUGGCGCCUCGCCGGUGAAUGCCAUCUCGGAGGACCCCCCGGACCUCAGCGAAUCGCGGGAGGAGCAGGAGGCCGAGGACACGGAGCGCUUCCAAUCUGGAGUGCAGCAGCUGGCUCAGCUGGGCAUCGACGAGCAGGAUGCGCGCCGGGCGCUGCGGGCCACAGGUGAGAGGAUUGUGAAGGGCGCUAGAUGGAGGGUUGCCGUAAAAGUUCCUUACUAAGUCACCUGAUGUCCGGCCCAGCUAGUAAGUGCUUAGCCACUUGGCUCCA